CUGACCUCCAUCUCUGUCUCUGAUUGCUUGCAGCCCAGCUGGAGUUCGUCCAGAUCCUGGUGAUCGUGGUGGUGAUGAUGGUGAUGGUGGUGGUCAUCACCUGUCUGCUGAACCACUACCGCCUAUCAGCUCGCUCGCUGCUCUCCAGACACGCCCCCGCCCGCAGGAGACACCUGCCACUGGCCAGCGAGGGGAGUCUGUGGUCUUCUGACGGCACGGGGACAAACAGUGGUCUAAAUGAGCACCAGGUGUACAACCCCCGGCCCCCAGACAGAGGGGCCUCAUCCUACCUGCAGCGGGACCCCCAGCGCUUCCAGCACUCCUUCGCCCCGACGCGCUUCCAGCCGACGUACCCCUACCUGCCGCAGAGCCUCAUCGACCUCCCACCCACCAUCUGCCUGUCGGACGGGGAGGAGCCCCCACCGUACCAGGGGCCCUGCACGCUGCAGCUCCGAGACCCCGAGCAGCAGAUGGAGCUGAACCGAGAGUCGGUGAGGGCCCCGCCCAACAGAACCGUGUUCGACUCCCACCCUCUGCACCCGUCACGCUCCUGUCUGCAGGCCAGUCUGCAGGCCCCUCCUCCCAGCAUGCACUCUGGCAUCAGUGUGUUGGAAGCCCAGGAGUCCCGGCAUCAGAAGCAGGCCUCUCGAGUGGAAGGAGCCCCCCCGACCUACAGCGAGGUGAUCGGGCACUACUACCACCCGGCGUCCCUGCCCCCAAGCCACAGCCAUCGGACUGUUUCCUCCUCACAAGCCUCGCCACCCUCAUUCAUACACGGCCUGCUGCGACCUCCACAUCCCCAGCAAGGGAGCGUGGACAACAGGAACGCCAGGAAUACCAAGGAGAAAUCCCAGAAGCCCCAGCAGGUGUGACAGUACCGCUUCCUUAAAAAAUGAAAAAAUUGAUUUUGUCUGCUUGGAAGUGGUCAGUAGCCAAUGAGGAACAACGUGGUAAAAAUCCACCCUGAUGGUCAUUUGUAGUGAGGUCAGUUUCCCCACUUCAUGGAUCUCCUUUAGGUAAGAACACAUGGAAACCACAUCACUCCUGCAGAGCACAGUGGCAGGAGAACAUCUGGCACUUCCUGUUCCACACUUCCUAUUUCCUGUCUGAGGAGCACUUCAGAUGAUGAUGUCAGAGAAGAAGGGCAGAGGGUGCAAAGGGAAGCCUCCUUCUUCCCUUGACGCCUCCCUCCUCCAUUAGACUGAUCGUACUAGUCUCCAUUCAUUAUAAAUAUUUUCUUGUUUUGUUUGUUCCUAUAGAACCUUUUGUUUGUUUGUCUUUUUCGCGCUUACAAAAAAUCUUUCUAUCCAGGCAAAUGGCGAAAUGUUGCAAUCUUCUUGGUUCUUCCAGGUUUUUGUUUUUAUUUCCUAGUGAUAAUCCCCCCCUCGAUGCUUUGACUCCAUUAUGUUCUUUGUCAAAUGUUAGCAGCAACUCCUGCAUCUGGCUUUAGCUGUAUCACUGGGACACGUUAGCACGUUAGGAUAUUUCCAAGAGUUUAGAUUUAGUUAGCAUUAUCUGAACCUAGCUUAGCCGUCAUAGCACAUCGCUAAAAGUCCCCGAGCUAAACGUUUCUGCCUUAUAUCGACCGAUGCAGGAGUUGUCACUAAAAUCCUUUUUUAUGUUAUGUUUUCUAAAGAAGGUUUGCACAAAGUUCACGACUGUUCAACACAGAAAAAAGGAAUCCGCAAUAUGAUUGAUAAAUGAUAAAACAGAGAAAAGUAGGGGUAUUUUUCUAAACUUUAUAGAUUCUUAUCGUUAAGAUAUUUAUUUUCUGUUUUACAUGUUGUCUAGUUUUAGAAAAAGGAAACAUCAUGAAUCUGUUGGGGUGCCAACUUUCACAUUUUGCUACAUACAUGUAUUACAUUUUAAGUUUAUAUACGAACACACGUAUGCAAACGGAGAGCGAAGUUAAAAGCACGAAUUGAGAGUUAUUUAUAUAAAAGCUGAAAAGAAUUGCACUAUUUUUUAGUAUAAGCAGAUGGAACAUGUGAGAGAGACUUUUACUUUUCAAGUGAGGCGUAAUAUAAAAAGAGAAAACGUAGAUUUACCAGAGGGGCGGUGCACAGCAGCAUGUAUCAUGGAAACAUAUUACACUGACUUUGGAUCAACCGACUCGGAUACAUUACCGUACCAUUGAUAUCAAAACAAAUAAAUCCCUCAUUUAUGCAAAUAUCCGAGUCCUGCGAGCCAACCACGAGUCAGCCUUCAACCGGUUGGGCCCAAUCAGAAACUCUGCUUGUAGCUCUCUCUCUUCCUAUUGGCCGAAUCGUUAGCCAAUCCCAAAGCUUGAUGUCACUAUCUCGACCAAAACGAGCCACCAGUUUUCUCACGUUAAUCAGACUUUUUCACAAACAAACGUCUGACCUAAUCACGACACUGUGUACUGUAACAGGAGAGUAGUUUAAUCCUGCUGUGUUCUCUUAUUUCAUUUUUGGAUUAUUGAGUGAGAAGAGAGAGAUAAUGCAGAUCAAAGUGACACCUAACGUUGUGUUGCGUUACUUAAGGAAGGAAGCCAUGUCGCCCCAGACGAAUGAUACGCUGACUGUGCGCUGCUGUGGCUGCACACACACCAACAUUUUCUUUUGAAAUCUGUCUUUUGAACGUACACACACGCUCCCCUUCUGGUAAGGUUUUUUCUGUUGCAGGCAUCGCUGAGCACUUUACUGCACCAGGAAAGAGUCAACAAUCUUCUGUCAGCCAGCAGCAGCCGAUAAAAGCUACAGUAGAAACCUUUCAUAUCGUAGGAUAGACUUUAGACCCACACUUGAAAAGAUGCAAAGAGUUCUGCUCCAAGACUUGAAAUCCCUUACAACAAAUGAGAACCCACUACCUGGAAUCAGUGACUUAUUAUCAGCCAGACCUGGGUAUCAAAGAGUUUUCAUUCCCAUACAAUGAAGAGUUUUAGUACCAUGACAAACAUAAAAAGAAAUACGUUUUUAUACAAAACUCUUAUUCAAAAAUCUAAUUAGUAAAUUGAUUUGCACCAUAACAAGAUCAAAGUUUGAUACUCAGUCUGGCUUUCCAAAGUUAUUUGAUGUAUUAUUUUAUUCGACUGGAUAUUUCCCUCUUGUAGCAUAACUCUUAGUGUUUAACGCAGCAGAAGACGAGUUGUCUCAUAUUAAACACACUGAAGUGUUGAAAAGUGACACGAGUGUUUACAGCGGCUCUUCUUCUGUCCUCUCUUUAGGAGCGCGGGACUAAAGGUCAAACUAAUGUAGGAGAUUAGGACGUGAAGACAUUUGUAGUUUUUGAGUGUUGAAUUGAUUUUAUUUGAAUUGUUGUUGAUGUGAGGCUUUAGUGUCCAGUCUUUAUGCAACAGCGCCCUCCGCAGGGACCCAACCAAACCACAGCCAAAACUCUCGAAGCUGACUCAGCGUAAUGUGGUGGAAGAAGAGAGAGUCAGAAGGCCAAAAAAUACAUUUUAUAAUCUGAAGCGGUGAGUCCUUUAACACUUUGACGUAUUAUCGUCAUACGGUCUAUCUGAAGGAUACACGUGUGGGACUCUAAUAUCUUUUUCUUAACAACAAUGAACCCUCAUCAAAUUUGAAUUUUUUUGUCCCUGUUUAAAAAGACAUGGAAGUACAUUUACAAAAAUCCUAAAUUGAACGGUGGAAGUUAACAUUGCUGUUGUUGAACUCUGUCUCAAACUUUUGCAAUACAGAAAAAAGACGGAUCAUCAGAAGUCCUUUCUGUCCUCAGUUUGAUGCACAGUAUAUAUCACAAUGUAAAGAAAUCAAUCUCUUGACCCAAAGCAGCUAAAGGAGUGACGAGUGGAUCAAUCAGAAUAUAAAUCACCUCGUAAUGACAGUAUAAGCCCCCAAACACAAGUUUAGAUAAUUUAUUAACCCUCCUUCCCUUUCCUUUUAUUUCCUUUCCCUCCAUCAGUAUUAUACUUGUGUUUGGACCAGGUGUUUCCUCUAAAAUGGUUUGGGUCCCUGCAGGGUUGCACCGGGUAUCAAAAGGCUGGACAGGCUCUGAAUAGGGCGUCACAGUAGAAAUAAAUAGUAGAGAUAGUGAUCGUUAUUUAAAAUAAUGCGCCUAAAGGGUGCAUGAGAAGUGAAACCGUGCAGAAUCAAUCUCUCGCUUCAGGGAAACCUGCGCUGGCUGACGAUUCAAAACAAGACUGGAGGAGAGAUGAGGGAAAACAUAAGCCACACUAUAACUGACUCAUCAUGUGCUGCACACACACACACACACACACACACACACACACAAAGAGGAGAUAACAAUUGAUUUACUUCCAAUGGGUGAUUUAUUCAUAUACACUGAAAAAACUGAAACGUUGUCUUUUAUUAAAUGUAAUGUGUCAACAGAUUUCACAUAAGUGUAUUUAAUUAAAGUCAACGUUUCAGUUUUUUCAGUGUAGAAAUGAUCAUUUAGGCGGUUAAGUAUUCCUUGUGUGUGUGUGUGUGUGUGCGUGCGUGCGUGCGUGCGUGCGUGCGUGCGUGGGUGCGUGCGUGUGCGCGUGAGAAAGACCCUGGGAAAGACCUCCAGCUGUCUAGACAAAAACUAAACAAACACACACAGGUGCACCAUCACACACACAUAUCUUUGUUAUUGUGGACCACACAAGAAAACCAUUUAUCCAACACACACACACACACACACACACACACACACACACACACACACACACACACACAGUCCCCCUCCUCCUCUCUGAACGAGCUCUUCCUGUUACCUAGCGAUGCCUGCUGUCCAAUGACAGAGCUCCUCUCCCCCAGCCUUCGCUCCCAUUGGCAGGCUGUUUUUUUUCGUGGUCUCCUUGGAAGCGUUUUUAUUUUUGUUGCUAUGUCAUAAAUGUGCCUGCCUGCGCUGAGACGGGCGAAACGUGAGUGGCUAGUUUGGGCUGUCAAUCAUCCCAGGCCACGCCUCCUUACUGUCUCAGAGGAUGCUGAUUGGAUGAUGAUGAUGAGAUUGAGGAUGAUGAAGAUGUUUUUGAUAGAGCGUUGCAAUACACCUACUAUUUGCCUUUUUGAUAAUAUUAGUCAUAUUUUAACGUAGUGUUCUUAAAUGUACGUUUUGUAUUGUUGUUGUUGUUGUUAUUAUUGUUGUUUAUUCACUUGAGAACAAAACAAUUUUUCUUCGAUCCAUUGUCACACCAUUUAUUUCAUUUUUUUUGGGGUGUAAAACGACCUACCACAGGAAAGCUGCAGAUGAUUGAGAGGACGUGUAAAUACAACACUUCUGAUUUCAAAGUGCCAUUUGUAGUUUUAAGAGCAACCCAUUCGUGCACUCCUUUCAUUCAGUCCUGAGGUCAAAAUGGACUUAUUGCAUGUAAACAGGAAGUGCUACUUCCUGAAUCAUCGGCUCUCCUCCCCCGGCCAGCGUCUACAUGUGUGCCUUCUGCUGGUGGGGGGGGGGCGGAGACUCCCCUCUGCAAUGACCCCCUCAAUACUCUGUAAUAAUACGGUUGCCUUUUGACACCGACAGCACCAACAUAUUCAUCAAAUACUUCAUAUAACACGGCCAGGAUGUAUGGAAGUCUAUUCGGGGCAGGAACAUAUCAAAAAAAUUGUUUAAAUUGUGAUUAAUGACACCAAAAAAAACGAUACAUAGAAACUCUAUUGUUGAUAACUUGGGAAAAGUGAACAUCUGUAGAUCCAUUAACAAUGCAUAAACAAACAUCCGCUGAAGACGUUUUUUAUAAAAGCUCGCAAAGCAGCACAGAGUUGGUGGAUUGUUUUUGAUAAGAAAUACUGAAAAAGAGGAUUUACUAAGGGGAAAUUGUGAUUUUGAAAGUCAAAACUACUAGAUUUGCAAUCUUUUUUACUCUAUCAUAAUAUUGACAACAACAAAAGUGAAUUAGUAUCUGAUACAUUUCAUUUAUUUUAUUUGUCUUGCAUAAGAUUAGCUUUUUUCUCUUUUCUUGGCACAAAUGGGCUUGAUCAAAGUUUCUUAUGCUGCGUUCCAGAGAAAGUCGGACCCUUCAAACUGUUGUUAUUUUCCACAUUCUUUCAUGUAAGGUUGAAGUAACGAUGACCUACCAGUGCAGAUGUGUAUUGUGUUUCCGACAUGUAAUGGAACGCAACAUAAGUAACAAUGUUACAAGUGAAAUACACAGAAAUAAGUGUCCGGCCUCAAACACAUUAAAGACAUUUCCAAAGAAGGAAUCCUCCUAAACCCGACUCUUGGACAAGAGUUACACCUGACUUGAACUUUCUUUCUUUUUUUUGGGUCAAACACUUUGCUUUACAAUUUCCAUUUUCUCCAGUUCCUGUAACUCUUCAAAAGUAUUUGAGUACACAAUAACACACAUACUUAAAGAGCAGCGGUGCUGGAGAAAAGAAGGUGUGAAAGAAGCAGUUUUCCUCCUUUGUGUUGUAACUCAUUCUGCCUCUUUGAAUCAGCGCUGUGCAGCGCCUUUCCUCUGACAAUGUUGAAGAAAAUAUAUGAAAAAACACUCUUUUUUUGUUGCAAUAUGUGUGCAUAUUUAAGCAAAACCUCAAUAUCUUACAGGCAGUGACUAUUGUAGAAGUCUUCCACCUGUUGUUCACUUUGAUCCUGCAAGCAUCUUCAAAAUGUAAUGUGGGACAUGUAGUUCAUUCUGGUUUCAGUGUAAAAAGGUUCAUCCUUCCUUCCCCUGAAGUGGAAGGAAGGUGGAGUUGAAAUCUGUUCACAGCAUGGCUCACACUCUUAUAUACAGGCCUACUUAUCCUCAAUGGUAAUAACUACUUACUUGUGUAUUAAAACCUGUUCUUUUAUUUAUAUUGGGUGGUCUACGUGCUGCAAGGUUUGUUAUGUUGUUGUUUGUCUUCUGUUUGUUUCAAACUGAAGACAAUGGUUUAUCGUUGUUGUCACAGAACAUGGUAUGAAUCGGACACAUUUCAGUUAGCCUUCGAUUUAAAAAAUGAAUAAAAAAGUUUUAUAAAUAUG